CAAGAAAAGAUCUCAAGAUCUUAAACUAACAUUUGAUUCCUCCAUAUUCUUAAUUUACUUCUUGCUGCUCUUUCUUUCUUUCUUUCUGUGGACUCUAUUUUUGCUCUUAGAGGCUCAAAGAUGGCGACUUCAGCCUACAUGGCAGGCCUCAUGCCACUUGUCGGCUCGAGGAACCAUUCUACAGGCCUUCGUUCCACUUACUUGCUGCCAUGUCAGCAUGCCGCCGGCGCCAUGCGCAUUCGCUGCCAAGCCGAGGUGAGAGAUCAGCCGCAGGUGCAACCACAGGAGCAAACUAUACCUGUCUCACCAUCGCAGCAGCCGGCUCAGAGCCCUCCGAAGCCCAAGGCCAAGGAGAGCACAAAAUUUUCAGAUGUGCUAGCAUUCAGCGGGCCGGCACCAGAGAGGAUCAAUGGAAGGUUGGCGAUGAUUGGCUUUGUCUCAGCUUUAGCAGUUGAGUUGGCGAGGGGUGAUGACCUUGCAACUCAGCUAAUGAAUGGUGGGUUGCCAUGGUUUGCUGGAACUGCUGCCUUGUUGUCAGUAGCCUCCUUGGUGCCAUUGUUCAAGGGCGUAAGUGCACAAUCCAAGUCCGGCCGCCUGAUGACCGCUGAUGCCGAGCUGUGGAAUGGCCGGUUCGCCAUGGUGGGCUUGGUGGCGCUAGCUUUCACUGAGUAUUUGAAGGGCGGUCCUCUUGUGUGAAGGGCUUGUCAUUGAUUCAUGUUUAGUUCUUUGUACUAUUUGGAGAUGCAAGCAAUGUGUAUGAAUACAAGUUAGCAUUGUAGAUUUCAAAUGCUUAUAUCGAAAUAGUUGAGCCAGUGUAAUAAUUUUUGAAUGCCA